GUUCAAUAAUUCAUCCGCUGUGUUUCCCUGCAUGUGCGCUUUUGAGUGCUCCUUCCUGGAGUUCUAGUCACAUCCUAUUGUGAUCGCAUCUCAGUUGUUUCGUUUCAAUGUGACCCGAGUCCGCCAUACUGAGAGUAAAGGACUGCACGCCAGCGCUCAAGUGCACUUAACAUCACACACAGCAAGUGAACCAACGAGGAUUGUCUGUCACUCAACAAAAGUCACUUCGCACAGCCAGCCGCCUCAGACAGUUUAUCUGAAUUAAGAGUCAUGGCCGAAGACAUUCAGCAGAAACUGGAGAAGUACCGCACGGCGCCCUUCGACGCGCGCUUCCCGAACCAGAACCAGACCAGAAACUGCUGGCAGAACUACGUGGAUUUUUAUCGCUGCCAAAAAGCUCUGGAUGCCAAAGGUGUGGACACCGCUCCAUGUGACUGGUACAAGAGGGUCUACAAAUCUCUCUGCCCUCUAUCCUGGAUUGAGAAGUGGGACACUCAGAGGGAAGACGGAACAUUUCCAGGAAAGAUCUGAAGAGCACACAGUCUCCAGAGAACUGCAUCAGGGGAACCGAAACACAUCUGUCUGUGAUAUCUCACCCCGGUCCAGCAGGGCCUUAUCAAUGUUUGUCCAAAAGUGCUCGUGUCAGGCUGGAGGAUGAGAUCGAUUGUUAACGUCAUUCCUUAUUUAAAUGAAAGUAUUGCAGAUUCUACAUUAAAAUCUCUCAGGCUUUGAAAUGUGA